AUGGUCAUUUUAGUGUUAUGCCCAUUAUUGAUGAAGUUUGUGGUGCAUCGGCACCCAAUGAAUUAUGUAAUGUGUCCAAAGAUUUUCUCAAGAAGGCUACAUGGUUUCAGCCCACUCACUGCAUUACUGUAUGCUGAAUCCUGUUACUUUACAAAAAUUCUGCAAUAUACUAUUGAAGGUAUACAUUCACUAGAAGUAUCAUGGGUUGGCACAUUUAUGCUCUCUGGUGUGCUCUUCCGUUUUGUCAGCUUGCCACUGCAUGUGUAUGCCGAGAGGCUGUCUGCCGAAAGAUACCGUGUUGUCAACACUUUGAAUUAUGAGCUUAUUAAAAAGUUCAGCAAGCAUUAUGAUUUGAAUGUUAUUUCAAGUGGAAAUGGCCGCUUUUUGCAACUUGAUACUACUGAUAAAUCCAUACUGGAAAAGACCAAUAAACUGUCGAAAGAAAUCAUAUUGGAUAUGUGCUGGAAGCAUCGUUUACAACUUUCUCGAAUUCAGUAUUUGAGAUUUUGCGCUUUGUCAGUAUGGACAUUUUCUUCAUUUGCAAUACGAAAUGUCAUAAGUCUGGAAACUAGUUAUCCUCUUCAAGGUAUCUUAUGGUUUCCAGAUCUAUUAGAACCUGAUCCUUACUAUAUUCUACCAGUAUUAGUUGGUAUUUUGGGAAUUUUCAACUAUUUUGCGCAGCAGCGUAUAUAUGCUUAUAGUUCGAUUAAAUUGAUGUCGGUUAUCAAUAUUUGUUAUUCGUUAUUCAUGAUUUUUGGUAUAUAUGUCAUGUCGUAUAUGCCUGUGUGUAUUCCAUUGUUUUGGUUGUCUGUUUCUCUAACUGGAUCCAUGCAACACAUCGCAUUCAGGCAUCCUAAAAUCAAAAAAUUUCUUGGUAUAAAAUCGUUACCUUCAGAUUCUGUCACUCCUAUACGAGAUCUAUUCUUCAAAUGA